AUGAAUCUUACAGCGACUUCCAAGCAAGGAGAAUUUCAAAGGAUCCAUACUAGCAAAAGGAGUACAGAGGAACAAAUAAAGAAAGUCAUCAGACAUCAGCAAUCGAACGCAAGGAAGAAACAACAUGAAUGUCCCCAAUGUUUCAAGAACUUUGCUGCACCUUCUGCUCUUGCAAUUCAUCAACAAACACACACAGGAGAAAAGCCCCAUCAUUGUUCUCAGUGUGGAAAGACUUUUAGUCGAAUGUCUCAUCUCAAGAACCACCAGAGGAUCCAUACUGGAGAAAAGUCAUAUCAUUGUUCUCAGUGUGGAAAGACUUUUAGUGAAAUGGGUAGUCUCAAGAGACACCAGAGGAUCCACACUGGGGAAAAGCCAUACCAUUGUUCUCAGUGUGGAAAGACCUUUACUCAAAUGGGUGAACUGAAGAGACACCAGAUGAUCCACACUGGAGAAAAGCCAUAUCAGUGUACUACAUGUGGAAAGGGUUUCAGGAGUAGCAAAGAACUUAGAAUCCACCAGAUGACACAUACUGGAGAAAAGCCACAUCAGUGUUCUCAGUGUGGAAAGACUUUUAGUCAAAUGGGUCAUCUCAAGACACACCAGAGGAUCCAUACUGGAGAAAAGUCAUAUCAUUGUUCUCAGUGUGGAAAGACUUUUAGUGAAAUGGGUAGUCUUAAGAAACACCAGAGAAUCCACACUGGGGAAAAGCCAUACCAUUGUUCUCAGUGUGGAAAGACCUUUACUCAAAUGGGUGAACUGAAGAGACACCAGAUGAUCCACACUGGAGAAAAGCCAUACCAUUGUUCUCAGUGUGGAAAGACCUAUAGGCAAAUGGUCGAACUGGAGAGACACCAGAUGUUCCACACUGGAGAAAAGCCAUAUCAGUGUACUACAUGUGGGAAGGGUUUCAAAAGUAGCAGUGAACUUAGGAUCCACCAGAUGACACAUACUGGAGAAAAGCCACAUCAGUGUUCUCAGUGUGGAAAGUAUUUUAGUAGAAUGUCUCAUCUCAAGACACACCAGAUAAUUCACACUGGGGAAAAGCCAUACCAUUGUUCUCAGUGUAGAAAGUCUUUUAGUAGAAUGUCUCAUCUCAAGACACACCUGAUGAUCCACACUGGGGAAAAGCCAUAUCAGUGUACUACAUGUGAGAAGGGUUUCAGGAGUAGCAAAGAACUUAGAAUCCACCAGAUGACACAUAUACCCCUUUUCCACCAAAGCCAGGCCGGUGCUGGUUCCGAGCUGGUUCCAACUCUGGAACCAGUUCUUCCGUUUUCCACACAAAAAAAGCUGGCUCCGGUUCGAAGUCAGCACCAGCUUUUAGGUGGGCCAGAAACAAGAACCGGUGACGUCGGGUUCGUCCCGAGGUUUUGGGCGGAGCUACCACACCAGAAACAGAAAUUUUCGCCGCCAUUUUUUUCCACCGUCAACCAAGAGGAUGAGUGA